CAUAAAACAUUGCUUAAAGUUAUGGUAAACAAGAAAGAAUAAAUUUGGAGAAUGCAACAACAAGUAGGUGAAAGCCCAUCUUCAGACCAAAAAGACUCUUUCAAUAAUCUGCGAAAAGCUUCUGUUUAAAUCCAUAAACACAUCAAUUUCAGAUUCUUGAAGAAGAUAAAAAACUGAGGUUAAAUAACAGUACCAAGAAUCAAUUUCCUAAGAGAUCUUUCUUAGGAAAUUCACACAAGAUGAAGCUCUUUUUAUGCCUCUGCUUCUUCAUGAUCAUCUUUAGCGCAUGUGAGUUCUAGAUAUUCAUUUUCGCCCGCUAUCUGCAAAGCCACAACUUCUUCUUCUUCUUCUUCUCUGAUUCUUUGUUUGUUAUCACAGCUGCAUAUGAUCCACUGGAUCCCAAUGGGAACAUUACAAUCAAAUGGGAUAUCAUGUCUUGGACAGCAGAUGGCUAUGUGGUAAGAAUCUUCUGCGUGAGUAUGUAUGCGCUUUUGAAACUUGCACAAACUCUCAUCAUCUCUGCAUUUUUGCAGGCGACGGUAACUAUGAACAACUUCCAAAUGUACCGGCACAUACAAAACCCGGGUUGGACAUUGGGUUGGGCAUGGGCGAAGAAAGAAGUGAUUUGGUCAAUGGUUGGUGCGCAGACAACAGAGCAAGGAGACUGUUCCAAGUUCAAGGGAAACGUACCUCACUGCUGUAAGAAAACCCCGACAGUCGUUGAUCUCUUGCCAAAUGUCCCUUACAACCAACAGUUCUCAAACUGCUGCAAAGGCGGUGUAGUUGGAGCUUGGGGUCAAGAUCCAUCAUCCGCUGUAUCACAGUUUCAGGUUAGUGUUGGUCUGGCCGGAACUACAAACAAGACUGUCAAGCUUCCUAAGAACUUCACACUGCUUGGUCCCGGGCCUGGUUACACUUGCGGUCCUGCCAAAAUCGUGCCAUCUACCGUUUUUCUCACGACUGACAAACGGAGAAAAACACAAGCUUUGAUGACAUGGAACGUUACCUGCACCUACUCACAGUUUCUAGCGAGAAAGCAUCCAAGCUGUUGCGUCUCCUUCUCUUCUUUCUACAACGACACCAUAACUCCUUGCCCGUCUUGUGCAUGUGGUUGCGAAAACAAAAGGAGCUGCGUCAAGGCUGAUUCUAAGAUUCUAACCAAGAAAGGUGUCAACACACCGAGAAAAGACAACGCUCCUUUGCUACAAUGCACACAUCAUAUGUGCCCCGUUAGAGUUCACUGGCAUGUUAAGGUUAACUAUAAAGAGUAUUGGCGUGUGAAGAUAGCCAUCACUAAUUUCAAUUACCGGAUGAAUCAUACACUAUGGACUUUAGCAGUUCAACACCCAAAUCUCAACAAUGUCACUCAAGUUUUCAGCUUUGAUUACAAAUCAGUUGCUCCUUAUGGAUCCAUAAAUGAUACUGGGAUGUUCUUUGGAACGAAAUUUUACAAUGAUCUCUUGAUGGAAGCUGGGCCUUCAGGGAAUGUUCAAUCAGAGGUUUUGCUGCAGAAAGAUCAAAAGACUUUUACUUUCAAGCAAGGUUGGGCUUUCCCUAGAAAAGUUUACUUUAAUGGCGAUGAAUGUAUGUUACCUCCACCAGAUUCAUACCCUUUUCUGCCAAACUCUGCACGAGGAAACUUCGCUUCUCUCUCGACACUAUCACUCACGAUUCUUCUUCUUCUUUUCGUCUCAAUCUGGUGAUUCGAUCUGAUCCUUCUGGGUUUCAGAAACAGUACCAGAAACUGUCUUUUUUGUCUUUUACUUUUGGUAAAUUUGAAGAACAAAAACGGGUUUUUGUAAGAGAAAAUGAUUAGAGUAUGUGUGUACUUCCUGAUCGUUUCAACGCCAUUUGCUUUGGUUUACUCAUGUGAAAGUGAAACAUUGACUGAGGAAGAUGAAAGAACGAGGCUAUAAUAGUUGACUACUAACAUAUUAAAUUGGGCCCAUAAAAACUCAUUAUACUAUCGGCCCAAAUUUAGUCCUCCUUUGUUUAUUUUUGAUACUUACGUGUGUAUAACGGCGUUAUUAUAUUCGUUGGUCCGAAAAGGUGAAAGGUCAAAAACGGCGUUUUGUUUGAGGAAGCAACUUUUUUGUUGGAAGAUAUUUCUUCGAAAUAUAUUUAAUUUUUUUUUGUAGUGAAUUGUAAAAUGAAUAAUAUAUAUUUGUGAAAUAAAAUAUUUGCGAGCCAGUCGCCCACCCGAUUUAACGCCCAUUGAUUGAAAACUUCGCGGAGCAAACGCUAAAGUUUGGGUUGAAAACGCGUCUGCGUUUUUAAAUUCUCCUAUGUGUGUGUGAAAAGUAUUUUCAUCUCCUGACGAAUUCCAUCAUAGUUUGUUGAAUUUGCCUCCAAGAAAUCUGCAAAUAGAAUUCUCAUUUCGCCGUCAUCUACUGGGUUUCGCUUGAUGCAGAUGUCUUCCUGAGUCGUCGGGAGAUUAGGUAAUUUCGCCUCGAACUCAGUCUCGCCGCAUCCGUGAGAGUCAUGAACACGCCGCCGACUUCUCGUGUCGCAUCUUUUGGACAGACGGAGAUUAACUGGGACAAGCUUGACAAAAAGAGGUUUUACGUUGUUGGAGCUGGCCUCUUCACUGGUGUUACAGUAGCUCUGUACCCAGUUUCCGUUGUGAAAACAAGGCUUCAAGUUGCUUCUAAAGAAAUCGCUGAGAGAAGUGCCUUCUCUGUGAUCAAAGGAUUACUGAAGAACGACGGUGUUCCUGGUCUGUACCGAGGUUUUGGUACUGUAAUUACAGGUGCAGUUCCGGCAAGGAUCAUAUUUCUCACUGCUCUGGAGACCACAAAGAUUUCUGCUUUCAAGUUGGUUGCACCUUUCGAGUUAAACGAACCUACACAAGCCGCCAUCGCGAAUGGCAUAGCCGGCAUGACAGCAUCUCUCUUCUCACAGGCCGUGUUUGUCCCAAUCGAUGUUGUUAGCCAAAAGUUGAUGGUGCAAGGAUACUCAGGUCAUGCUACUUAUACUGGUGGCAUUGAUGUUGCCACAAAAAUCAUCAAGUCAUAUGGCGUAAGGGGAUUAUACAGGGGAUUUGGCUUGUCUGUUAUGACCUAUUCUCCUUCAAGUGCUGCUUGGUGGGCCAGCUAUGGUUCAAGCCAGCGUGUUAUCUGGAGAUUCUUAGGCUAUGGGAGUGACUCGGAGGCCACUGCUGCUCCUAGUCAGUCAAAAAUUGUUCUCGUCCAGGCUAUUGGAGGAAUUAUCGCCGGCGCAACAGCUUCCUCAAUCACAACACCAUUGGACACAAUCAAAACGCGACUGCAGGUCAUGGGACACCAAGAAAAUAGACCUUCAGCGAAACAAGUGGUGAAGGAUCUGAUAGCACAAGAUGGGUGGAAAGGCUUCUAUAGGGGAUUGGGUCCAAGAUUCUUCAGCAUGUCGGCUUGGGGAACCUCAAUGAUAUUGACAUACGAAUACCUAAAGCGUCUGUGUGCAAUAGAAGAUUAGAAAAAAGCCUCCUCACUACUAUUCGUUGGUUUUUCUCCUUCGACUAACUCGAAUAGACGCAUAAACCCCCAAUUCAAAUCUUCGGUUAUUGGGAGCUUCCCUUUUAACAAUCGGACCAUUCUUUCAGCUCUGAAGUCUGAGUUCCGUUAUUGUAAUCAUUCUUUCAACUUUGCUUAUUGGAGUGUAUUCUUACAGCAGAAGAAUAUUCGAGAUUGUGCUCUUCUGCUUUAUUAGCUCCUGAGUGUUAAGAAGCUUCAAAACUAUGAAAAGUGCACUUUAAGUGGCCUUUGGAAUCCCAUUUUGCUAUCACUUCACCAUAUCUUACGAUCAUAUGUAGUGUAUGUGACUAUGUGUAUGCAUAACAUCCAAAAUCGAAUCUAGUUUUGAAUGAAGUGGCUUCUCAUUAGCAUUAGUAUC